UAUUUUGUUGCAACUCCAACCACACUAAAAUUGUUCCAAGCCUUAUACCACAAUGGUCGAAACCCUAGUUACUAGCUCUCCAAUAAAAUGCCCAGCUGAUAAAUUCUACAAUUUCUUCAAACUCAACCUAACUGAUAUCGUCAAAAUAUUUCCAGCUGUCUACAACAGUGGCGAGGUCACCGAAGGAGAGCUGGGGGUCGUCGGCUGUAUCACAACCUGGACUUAUACUAUUGGUAUUGGUAUUGGAGGGACUGGAAUGAGAAUGAAGGUUUUGACGGAGGUGAUAGAAGAUGCUGCAAAAACCAUGAAACUUUCUGCUUUGGAAGGAGAUGUUCUGGUACUGUACAAGAGUUUUGCAUGCACACUUGGAGUGAGUGAGGGUUCAGCAAAAUGGACUAUAGAGUAUGAGAAAGAUACUAUUCUCUCUCCACCUCCUGAAAUCUAUGUUCCUGUUCUAGCGACCCUUAUCACUCUCGUGGAUGCCUACCUUCUCAUCAACUAAACCACUUGUCCCCAAAUAAAUUGUGGUUAGUCUAUUAUGUCGUUACCUUACGACUUACGUGUGUAUUGGUAAUGAUGAUUCCAUUUUAUUCAGUUUGUAUUGAGGUUGAAAAUGUUACAUGGAAUGGAAUCAUUAUAUGUUACUAGUAUUAUAAGUAAGACGGGGAAUGGUUUGUUAUAACUUUGAAAAACAUGAGUAAACUAUUUA